AUCAAAAUAUCUCACGUACCCCAUAAAUAUACAUGCCUACUAUGUACCCAUAAAAACUGAAAAAGACCCAUAGACGGUGACAUCUGGGGAUUCCCCUAAUACAAUAGCGGGUUCUGGCUGAUCAUCCCAUAGGGAAGCCACUCAGCAGCCACACAGUUCCACUUACACACACACCCCUAGUAAUCAGCUCUGUUAGUGUAUAAACAUUAAAAUAUGUGCAGACAAUAUCACAAGUCAUACGGGAAAUGGAAAGCAAGACCACAGUGAGGUACAACUCCAUACCCAUUAAAAUGGCUAUUAUAAUGCAAACAAAAAAGAUGGAAAAUAACCAUCUGGUAAUCAGAUUAUGUUACCUCUGGUCAUAUGUACUAAAGAAGAGGGAGAGAACUCAAGGCCCCAGAACAAGAGAGAAGUCCAGGCCAGGCUCUGGGCAGUAACUAGUCAUGUGGACUCUGAACAAUUACCUCAUCCUUCAUGGCCUCAAUUUCCACAUCUGUGAAAUAAAGGGUCUGGCCAGGAGACACAUAACAGCAUUCUACAUGUAACUGAAGAAAUUGUGUCAUGGUUAGGUGCGGGAGGGUAAUUAAUGGAAUUGCCUCUAAGGGGCAAAUAAUUAACAGAAUUGCCUCCAGUUUCUCCACGGCUUUCUAAAGAGGGGUGAAGACUUGCUGGAUGCCAGAUGUCUUCCAGGGAUCCUAGAGAAUUGGUCUAGGGAGGCAAUGCUUUACUGUAUUAUAGAAGAGGAAUUAAUCACACUAAUUGCUUACUCUGUACUUUUGCUUAAUGAUACAAUACAAACAAAUACAAGAGAAAUAAUUUUAAAGCAAUCAAAGUGCCUUCAAGUUAUUAAAGCUCCUGAAGAAUCAAACAUUACAUCCAUAUAUAGAAUUAGUAUACUAGGAGCAAUUAACGAUUUGAUUUAUAGAUGUUUUUAUAUAGGUUUGAUAUGCAACAAGUCUAGGGGUAUAAAAGUCAAUAAAAUCUGUCUUCUAAUAAGCAGCAGUUUCUGCCUUUUUCUUAAAAAAUAAAUUAUUAUAUCAAAAUGGUAAAAAUGAACAUUUUAAAAUAAAAAUUAUCAACAUAUAUUAUCAUUCUGCCUACUGAAUUUUAAUUUAUCCUCAAAGUUCCAAAAAAAAAACCUUCUUUCUCAUGCAAAGUUUCCCCAUAUCCCUAAUUAGGAUGAAUUAUUGAAGCAUCCUGGUGAUUCCUGAACACUUUCCAUCCUUCAGUUAUUCAGGUCCAGUUUAAUGGCACCUGAGAACAAUUAUAUACUGAAAACUGUGCUAAACUGACAAAGGCGACCAUACAGGGGCAUACCUGUACCCUCACAUCAGCUCCCAAGUCUCCAGAGGGAAACGGACAGGACAUGAUGAAUCAGCUCUCUUUUUACUGUAUUAUGCUUGGAAAGAUUGUUAUGGAGACACAGAAGACAGAUAAAUCAACCUUGCCUGGAAAACUGGAAACAGGUUCAAACAGGAGGCAAAUUUAGACCAAUAUGUACCAAGAACUCACUGAUUCUUACAGGAGUAGGAUAUUACCAGACAGACAAGUGAAAUGACAAAGCCAUUCUAGAAAUAGAAAAGGUAAGCAAAAGAACCGAGAAGUGGAAGUUGAAGGCCAGCUCUGGGCGCUUUGUGACCAGAGCCCAGUUGGCAGUGGGAAGAUUUAUGCUCUAUACUAAGGACGUUCUCUGUAAUGACACUCCACCAUGUUGCACUAAUAAUUUAAGAGCAUUUAUAUGAAUAUAUACAAUUCAGGGAAAGAUAAAGAGAAAAAUUUGCUAUCAACUCUGUGUAGAUUUGGAAACUGGUAUCAAAGGAACAGUUUCAGCUGCAUUUCUUUGUCUAGAAAGUUUUAUUAAAAAUGUAGUCUACUAACCUGAGCCUCAAUUUUUGUCAAUAAACUAAAAAAUGCUACACAAACCAUCACAGAAUUCACUUUGUCCUUGCAGGAAAGAAAAAAGAAGAAAACAAACCUCCAUACGAGAGGGGGUCUAAAAGAACUCUCUAAACCCCCAUGAUUUUGCAGGAGACAAGAUAAGGCUUCCAGGCCAGGAGCCCCAGCUGGCUGGCGGAGGAUGUCUUGCUCCUCAGCAGUUAGGAUUUUUAAGUAUUUAUAGGAACAUGGAACAGAUCAGUGGCUGACAGGCCCAGGGAGUGUGCAGGCCCCUUCCCAGAGGUCAGCAGCUUCACUCUCCCUUCCUGCACCCCAUCCUGAUUUGAUGGAACCCAGGAUGACAAAGAGGGAGUAGGUGAGCAAGGUAUGGGGUGGCAGCCUCCAUAGGAGCUCAAAGGAUGUAUUUGUCCAUCUGCCCUGGGCUCAGCUUCCACACUCUGAGUCACUCACAUCCCUCUACUCUAGCCGGAGCUCACCUGUGUGCCCACACGACCAAGACCACACUGACCCCAAAUGCACACUGUUUCAACUCUCAACACUUCACUGUCACACUCACGUGUGUACACACAUGCUUUCUAAAUUCCACAGCCACAUGGAUGCUCACAGGCUCACACCUUUGCACACACACAGGCUCACUCACAGACCUACGGGGGGCCCAGAUCCCGGUCAUUCCCCACAGGUCUUAAUAAGGGUUCUGGGAGGGAAACUUGUUUCCUGUCUAAGGCAGGGUGGGAGUGUGUGUGUGUGGGGGGAACGAGAGUGAGUGUGAGAGUGCGCGUAUGUUAGUGUGGGUGUGUAUGUGUGUAAGGAGCAGGAGUGACUGGGUCCUGAGUUUAGGGAGUGGGGAAGAGAAAGGAGAGAUGGAGACAAGCGUGGACCAAGAGACUCUCAGAGCUGACAUCCUGGAAGGGAAGCCAGGCUGAGAUAAGAGCAAGGCAAAGAAAUAGACACCGACAAGGAUCAAGCCAGGGCGGGGUAGGGACUGGGGACAGAGCCUGCCCCCAUGAGAAGCUGUCACAUUGUUGCUCAGGUGGCCUGUGACAGCAGCGCCAUCUCCAGCUGGAGCCUCCCCUCUCUGGAUCUUGUCAUUGUAACUUUGCUUUGCUACGUGGGCAGCCAGUUGUGGUGACAGGCAGGGAAUAUGGUGCCCAGGGCAGCUAGCCAUGCCACUCCAGUCCGGCUGCCAACCCACCUGUCACUGCCCAUCUCAUCACCUGUGGGGGUGGGGGUGGGUGCAGAUGAAACCAGCGAUCAGCUUGGCUACCUUUGCCUCUUAGUGCCACAGUGGAGGCUAGGGGAGCAACCGGCCUUCCUCCCCAAAAGGUGGGCAGGGUUAACCGGACUUUGCCCAGGUCACUGAAGCUUGCAGCUGAGCUUGGGGAGAAGGGGCUGUCUCUGCUCCCAGGCACCCAGGAACUACUGGAGAGAGACAGGAACCAGCAUAUGAGGCAGGGGCUUAAGGAGGAGGUUGGAGAAGACACGCUUUUGGCAUAAACCGGGGGCCCCUCUCUGCGCUGAGCCGGCGGCCUGCGCGGUGCUGAGCCUGCCCCUGGCGGCGUUCGCCUGGGACAGCGCCUGAGCGGUGGCCGAUCCCACCUGGAUGUCCCGGGCUGGCUCCCACCCCACGCCGUCCCCGGCCGCAGUGGGGAGAGGCUCGCGCUGGUCCUUGCCCUGCUUGGCGGCGGCUGCUGCCGGGCUCGGGGUCCCGCGUCGCACACGCCCCAUCAGCCCUGGCCACCGCUCCAGAGGGAACGCCCCGGGCAGCCGUUCCGGGCCCAGACGGCUGCGGGCCCCGGAGCCGAGAGAAGAAGCAGGUCCCAAGGCCGACUCCGCAGCAGCAUCUCCGGCUUUGUCCGGGAAGCAGAGGCCGCCGCCGGCCACAGUCGUGGGCGAGAAGAAGGGCGCGAGGCGGCCGGGGCUCCUGCCGGGCACCCCACGUGCGCGUCGGUCGGGCCUCUCCAUGACAGCUGCGGCCCGGGCUGCCUGGGGCCUGGGGCCUGGGGCUCCGGCGCGGUCCGGCCUCGAGAAAGGAAGGCGCUGCCCCAGUGGGGAAGGGGCAAGGCUGCGGCUCCGGCCACCGGGCGGGGGCACAGAAACUACCCCGGCGCCGUCUGAGCGCCCAGAUCCGUUCCCGCCGCGGCCAGGAGACACCCGAGAGCGCCGGCGGCCGGGGGACCACAGGUCCUGGAACUCACCAGGCGACCUCGCGGCGCAAAAGCGGGCGGAGCUUGAGACGGGGCUUGGCUAGUCGGCCACGCUCCACCCCCGGGGGGCGGUGGGACUCGGAUUUCGCCGCUGGUUUUAAAAUUGUGCCUGCGGAGCCCAGGACGCUGGGAGGAGCGUUCUGCGCCCCUCUGGUCGCGGUCUCCGCGCUAAACCGACUUCCAGAGCUGCCUCUGUUCCCUGGAGGGGCGGAGGGGCGGGCGCCGAAGUCCCACGAAGUCGCAGGUCCUCAGCCUGGGGCCUGCCUGCUAUGCUCCGGAUGCAGGGGUGUACUCUGACUCGCUGCGCUGCUCCCUGGGGGCCGAGGCGUGCGCUGCAGGCUGGAGCUGCGGCUCCGAGGCUUUCAGGAGCCCCGGCUCCGCCAUCGGUGGAGAAACGCUGGGGGCUUCGAGGUCGCGGCUUCCGGAAAUCCGGUUACUGAACGGAGUUAGGGGUCAGGUUCCAAAGGGAUAGCGCCCCGGGUUGUAAUCACCACCUGGCCCGCCGCUUCCGCAGCCGCGAGUCUAGCGCGGAGCUGUUGGGUGGACCAAGCGGGUGAGGCGCGGGCAGUCAGCGGCUCCGCCUCGUAAUUCUCCUCCGACCGGGGCCCAGGGGCUGGCCCCACCUUUCCCUCGGUCACCCACCAACGCCAUUCCCUAGAUCCCCAGCACCCCUCCAGGCCCCGUUCGCUUCAGAGGCGCGAGACCCGGAAAACAAGGAAGAAGCGAGCUCAGCCUCAAUCCCCGUUCCCACCUCACUUUCGGGGCCGCUGCGCUGGAGAAUUAAAGGAGGCGGAUCCCGGAUUAAAGCCGCUCCCUUCGCAGCCUCUCUCCCCUUUCCUUCUGUCUGUGAUGAUUUCUUUAUUGUCAGGCGAGAGCCAGGCUCU